AUGGUCGAUCCGACUAGCGAACGAACUGUCGAUAUUACUACUAGCCUCUCCGAGAGAGAACUUGAUCACAGUGAUGCGACCCUGGACGUGUCAAGAGACAACCUUGUUGCCUCUCUUGAUUUUGGCCAAAUCACAAGAGGAAACGCCGACAGUUUAUCCAGUAAUACAUUCCUUCUGGAUACAGAUACGCAAAACUUCUGUUUACCUACAGACAUCUUCUCAUUAUAUCACGAUUCACAUUUCACUCUUGAUGCUGCUCUUCAGAGCCUAUAUCCCGAGCCUUUCGUUGGCAAUAUUUCUAACGAUUUCAAUGUUCCGCCUCAAGAGUCAGUGAGCACCGCCGAUAUCACUUUGUCUGGGAAUGCAUCACAAGGUGAUUACCAUAAUGCAAGGGUACCCAAAAGUUCCAAGGCAUCCCCUUGGCCAUGGACUCUAGCCAACCGGGAUCAUCUUGGUACAGAUGCAUGGCGAGUUCCUGUUAACGAAACACAUAUACUUCAAUCGACAGAGUUCAGCAAAGAAAAACCGUCGUCCUCACACUACAAUCGAAUUCGGGAAACCGCCACCAGGGAUGAGAUGCUGUCCAUGGUAUCGAAGUUUUCAUCAUCCCCGUUUAAUAUCCGUUGCUUCCCGUCUCUUGCUGUUCUCAAUAGCUUAACGCAAACAUUCUUCGAGCAUCAGGAUAUCAGUAUUGAUUCAUGGAUUCAUUCUGCAUCAUUCGACCCAGAUACCUGCAGAAGUGAACUUCUGGCCGGUAUUGUAGCAGCUGGGUCUACCAUCUCCACCGCACCCAAUAUCUGGCGGAUGGGGUUCGCCCUACAAAAAGCAGUGUGGCUGGCUGCAUGUCAUUUCGUUAGCCACGAAAAUAACCUCAUUCAUAAUCUUCAGUUGAACCAAACAUUCCUGCUUUGGGUCGAAAUUGGCCUUUGGAGUGGGGUCCGUCAAAAGAUGGAAGUUAGCGAGGGCUUCGCAAGCAGUGGUUUGACAAUGCUUCGUAGAGUGGGCGCUUUCCGUAAGGGAUACUACCUACCUUCAGUGAUUCCCCAUGAAGAAGACGAGGGAGAUGGAAUAAGACAUAAAUGGCUACGUUGGGUGGAACAGGAGUCUUUCAAGCGGCAAGUUCCCUUACCCCUCAGACUUCUCAUGAAUGAAAUGCGAAACUCCAUUGCAUUUACUCGAGGCCCCAUGUGGUCUGGGCUCGAGAUCAGCUUCAGUUUGCCCGCUGCAAGAGACCUUUGGGAUGCCAAAACACCCGAACAGUGGAAGGACAUAUACCUCAGCAAGCCCAACCGCUCGGUCUCCAUCACGCUCAUUGAAGCCGUUGCCGAUGCGUCCAAACUCCGAGACAUGAGUGAUGUUGUUGACGUGGACUUCAUUUCCCUAGCCAUCACUUAUAUGCUUUGGGGUCGAGUCUGGUCCUACACUGAUUCAACGAGCUUCAGUCUCCGUGGUAGCUCCUCUGUCUCUCAUAGCCCAGGGAGCUUGUGGAUUGAGGCACAUCGACAGGAGUUGAAAAAGCAAAUAGAGACAACGGCCCUAAAGCUUCAAAAUAUGAAAGUGUUUUCAUCUGAAGCUAGACUCGUCAGUGAAUUGUCUUUGAUGUUUUUACACACAUCAUCAGACGACGUUCAGAAAUUUGCUGGACGGUACGGAGAUGCCGAGUUACGUCAGGUGCAGUGUCACUUUCGUGAGUGGAUCGACAACGAAAAUGAACACCAUACUCUUUGGCAUGCCGGACAAGUCAUCAAGGCGGUACGAUCUAUUCCCCGUGCCCAGGUCAGUGGAUUUCAUGCAAUUGCGGCCUAUCACGCCUGUCUAUGCAUUUGGAUGUUCACCAUGCUUAAGCACAACAUGCAUGUUACGACAAGUGGCAGAUCUGAGUUUGGGCUUGAACGUAGUCAAGAGAACCUUGGCGAUGCAUUUGCCACGGCAGACAGCACUUAUCCUUCUACCUCUAUUGCUCGAGGGCAAGUCUCUUUAACCCAGUCUAAGCCACGGCAAAUUGCAGCAACCACUCAACAGGACAAGCCACGUAUUUUACUAGACGGCGACUAUACGGCUGAUGUGGAGAUGUUCCUCCGAACCGGCUUUGGAAGUCCCUUCGUACAUGUUGCAGGCCGCGUUGAGGAGUUGGAUAACCCUAAAAUAAUUCACAUGUUACUUAUGGACGUGUUCAAGGGUGAUUUUCACUUCAAAGCUCACCUCGCCCCACUGCUUGAGAACCUGAUCGAUGCAGCGGAAGAGUUGAGCAAUGCAUGA